CGCUGGUAUCGCACAGACCACAUGCCCGUGAAAAGGCGUAGGCCACCCCCAAGAUUUCCAAGAUUCAUCUAUAUAUAGGUAGGUACCUGCCUACCUUCUUGGGAAACCCGUUGGUUACAUGUGUCUUUUCUGCACGAGAUGACGCGUCGCUUGGAAAGAUCACCCCUGAAUUCGUAUUUCCCCCUCAAUGCAGCAAAAGAGACGUGCCGGUUUUGGCCAACGAGACGGACCCGAGCUGUUAUAAUUAGCUCGGAAAUGCAGUGCACGGGAGCUACCUAACUGCGGGGUUCGUCACCGCAUGAAUGACUAGAGGCGACAGGAGGGGGAGGAGGCUACUAAGAUGCAGAUAGAAGCAGAUAUAUAGAUGCCACUCAGCACAGAUAUAGGGCGUUCAUCCUACCCAGAAACUAAAAAAUAAACCAGUACUUCCUCUCGAAACAUGCCCUUCCCGUACAAGACGGUCCUCAUCACGGGCGCCACGGCCGGCAUCGGCCUUGCCCUCGCCGAGCGCAUGAUCGGCAGCGGCAUCUUCGUCAUCGCCGUCGGCCGCCGCCAGGACCGCCUCAACGCACUGGUCGCCAAGCACGGCGCUGACAAGGUCGCCGCCGAGGUGUUUGACGUAUCCGACGUCGACGCCAUCCCGGAGUGGGCGAAGAGAAUCACCGCCACCCACCCCUCCCUCGACAGCAUAGUCCUCAACGCCGGCCUCCAACGCACCAUCGACUUCACCCGGCCCGACACCGUCUCCGUCUCCUCCGCCGCCUUCGAGCUGCGCACAAACUACCUCUCCCCGCUCGCCACCGUCGCCGCCUUCCUGCCCCACCUGACCUCCUCCCCCGACCGCCCGGCCUCGAUCGUGCUCGUCUCCUCCGGCCUCGCCCUGAUCCCCCACCCUCGCUGCCCAAACUACUGCGCCUCUAAGGCCGCCCUCCACAGCCUUGCCUGGUCCCUGCGCGCCCAGCUGUCGGCCUCGAGCUCUCCAGGGACGCACCACAUCCGCGUCAUCGAGAUCAUCCCCCCGGCAGUGCAGACGGAGCUGCACGAGCUGCAGCCCGACCUCGUGGCCGCGGGCCAGGCCCGCAUCGGCCUGCCGCUGCAGGCCUUCGCCGACGAGACCUGGGCACUGCUGGCCGCCGACGAGGAGCUGGACGAGGUCGUCGUCACGGCCGUGAGGGACCGCUUCUCCGGCAUCGAGGUGGAGAAGAGGAAGGGGUUCGAGCUGAUGAAGAGCUUGUUGGGGAAGGGGUAAGGGAGGGGGAGAGAACAGAAGGAAGGAGAGGGAGGGAGGGAGAAAGCCGUGUCAUUUGCUUGCAAGGGUAGCACAAAUGCACAUCUGAUUAAUGAUGGAGGGACAGUAAUAACUUGUGAAUCUUUUGUUCUUGAUCUAGGUUUCUUUAAGAAUGCACAUGGAAUGUUAACAAAAAGGAGGGUGCGAACUUGGUUCCUGCUCCCUCAAAAAUAUG